AUGUUUUUCUCUCAUCAGCUUCUAGCUCGGAAAGCGCCGUUAGGUCAGAUAUGGAUGGCUGCUACGUUGCACGCGAAGAUCAAUCGGAAGAAACUAGACAAGCUCGAUAUCAUUCAAAUCUGCGAAGAGAUUUUGAAUCCGUCGGUUCCAAUGGCUCUCAGACUCUCUGGGAUUUUAAUGGGUGGGGUUGUGAUCGUUUAUGAGAGGAAAGUGAAGCUCCUUUUUGAUGACGUAACUCGCCUUCUGGUCGAAAUUAAUGGAGCUUGGCGCACAAAAGCUGUUCCGGAUCCCACUUUACUACCUAAAGGAAAAACCCAUGCCAGGAAAGAGGCUGUUACGUUGCCUGAGAACGAAGAAGAGGAUUUUGGAGAUAUUGAACAGACUCGUAGUUUACCAAAAUUUCCCAAUUUCAUGGAGUUUCAGCAGACUUACAUUUCCAUGCGGUUAGAUGAACCCAAUGUUAACGAUAUCCCCGGGCAAGAAGAUCUUGGACAGCAAUUCCAUCAAGCUGAUGCCGACAAUAUCACACUCUUUGAGUAUCAUGGUUCAUACCAGGCUAACACUGAGACGUAUGAUCGUUUUGAAAGAUUUGACAUCGAAGGAGACGAUGAAACUCAGAUGAACUUCAGUGCAAGAGAAGGCGUUGAAAUACCUACAACUCUCAUCCCAUCACCACCUCGUCAUCAUGACAUUCCUGAAGGAGGCAACCCCACAAGCACUCAGCGCCAAGAGCAACAGGAGCAUGUUGGGGAUUUUGCUGAGCAGAUGGAGGAACAAAACAUACCGGAUAGAGAGGAACACGAUAGACCACAGCCAGCAAAAAGAAGAAGAAAGAAAGAUACUUUAAAGAUGGAUUGUGAACAGACUAUUAUCGCUGGUCCUGAAUACCAGUCAUGGCUCCAGAAUACUUCUAACAUUCUCAUGAGCGGAAAAAAGAGAAAGACUCGAGGAACCAUCACCCUAUGUAUGGAGAUUUCUAAACGUAUGAAUAUGCCACCUACACAACUCUUCGAAAAGCAUGUGGACAUUUCUUACCCGCCUCAGCUUCAGGAGCUUUGGUCAAAAGGCACUCGUCUUCUUCAAACCUCAUCAUCUGGAACUCCACGCCCUGAUUUCGGUGCGGAGCAAUCUCCAGGGUCUGUUGAGGAGAGAAUGCAAAACCACCAUCAAACAGAUCAUAACCAGGGCAUUGAGACAAGCCCCCAAGAUCUUGGAAGUCCCGCGGAAAGACUCCGGGACGCUCUUGCUGGGAAAGAUGUUUCAAUAGAAAGCUUGGUGGCCGGAUCUCGAGCAAGGCCUGAGAGUAGCAACCGCCAGACUGCUAAUAUUAACGUUACGCCAUUAUAUUCUGGAGACGACGUGAGAUCCAUGCCUAGCACACCAUCCGCACGUGGAGCAGCUUCAGUUAACACAGAUAUCAACUCUAACAGGCCUAAUAGAAAAAGGUCACAUUCGUCACCAAGAAGAGGACUCGAACCAGUAGCGGAAGACAGAACUUGGGAGCACCGUGCUUAUGAUGUUGAGUUUUCAAUGAUACCUGAAAAGGGAUUCACAGCCGAUAACGAAGUACUAGUUGAAACUGGACCUACACAGACUCAAAAGCCAGUGAACACUCACUCAGAGGAGAAGAUAACAGAUGCUAUCAAAAGUCACCUCAAGACACACUUUGAAACACCUGGAGCUCCUCAAGUGGAAUCUAUUAACAAGCUCGCAUCUGGAAUGAAAAGAAACGCCGCAGCUCAACUCUUUUACCAAUCAUGUGUGUUAGCGACUCGCGGAAUGAUAAAGGUGGAGCAAAGACUGCCUUAUGGGGAUAUUCUCAUUGCAAGAGGACCUAGAAUGUAG